GGGAGGGAGGGAGCUUCGUCAGGAGGCGAUGGCGGUGCCGCCGUGACAUCACCCCGCGGCUUAUAUAGUUGGGGAAGGGUCUGGGUCCCCCGUCUGGUGCCUGCAGCCGCCCGUCAGCACGCGUGCGGAGGGCGAGGAGCGGCGGGGCUCUGUCUGUCUCUGUCUCUCUGUCUCGUCUCUCUCUCCUCUCUCCCUAGGAUUUAUGGACUUUACUUUCUAGAGGGCGGCGCGGCAAGGAUGAGAGUCCAGCUGGUGUGCGUGGUGCUGCUGGCCCUGGCCUCCUGCAGCCUCUGCUCAGAUUCAGAAGAGGAAAUGAAAGCAUUAGAAGCAGAUUUAUUGACCAAUAUGUACACAUCAAAGAUUAACAGAGCAAAACUUCCUUACUGGAAAAUGACCCUGCUAAAUGUCUGCAAUCUUGUCAACAACAUAAACAACCAAAUGGGGGAAACAGUAGAGGUAGAUGAGGAGGAUCUGGUUCCAGGACGACAGUUCCCUGCAGCUCUGGAUGGCUUCAGCUUAGAAGCAAUGCUGACAGUAUAUCAACUCCAAAAAGUUUGCCACAGCAGAGCCUUUCAGCAUUGGGAGUUACUUCAGCAAGAUGCUCUUGAUCUAGAGAACUCAAGCCAAGAAAAAGAAAUCAUGAAGAGAAAAAAUCCUUAUAUUCUGAAACGGCAGCUACAUGUGAACAAAGCUAGAAGACCAUACAUACUCAAGAGAAGUUCAUAUUACUGAUGCAGCAGAAGAAAACAAUGUAUAUUUAGUUCAUAGGUAACUGUGCACUACGGUUAUCUUAUCUAAAUCUGAAAUCAUACUUGUGUGAAAAUAUACUCUGGAAAUUCAAGAUGAUAACAUAGCUGUGUCUUUUUUGCAAUUGCUGUUUCUUGAUUGUGAAUUUUUCCUACUUGAGAUUAAUUGGACUAAUACAUUUGUGAAUAAAACUAGUUUUUAAGCAUGAUAUAUUGUACAAAACUGAGAUUUCAACAUGCUUUCAAACAACCUUGUAGUCUUUUCCAGUUUUAUAAAGUGCACCAACAUAACACCAAGUAAAUUGAUAUUGUCCAUAAAUCCUA